AUGGGGCGGGCACGGACUGGGGUUUGUGUCCCUCCGCUCGGGACGUCCUUCUAUGCCGCGCUCAACUUGGUGGCGAUUCCGAUGAUGGGUUAUCACUUGGACACCACCCUGGAGUAUGUGCUCGUGGCUGCCCUAGGCACCAUCGUUUUGACCCUCUUCCUCUGCAAUUGGAUGGAUCCUGGCGUCAUUCUCCCCGGUUCUCCGGCUGCCGCCCCGAUGCCGCCCCCGGCGCCCGAGCAGCUGGCACCCAGUGCCGAGCCGGUGGCCCGCGCCCCCGACGACCGUGGGGUGCCCCGUGCCUCAUCCCACCACCUACAGCAGCAUGCUGAACAGCCCAACUAUGGUGCCGUUGCCAUCGACAUGCAAAAUACAGAGCCCAGGGACGUUGAUCCGGCUGUCUCCCAAUCGACCCCCUCUCCAAUUUCCCAUUCCCCUCCGCCCCCGCCGUCACGGAGGCCUGGUCAGACCUACAAGUGGUGUAUCACAUGCCAGCUUUGGCGGCCCAGCCAUGCCUCACAUUGUUCUCACUGCGGCUUUUGCAUCGAACACUAUGACCACCACUGCAAGUAA